AAAUACGUUAUUUUAAGACUCGUACACAUUUUGUGCUACAGAUCUGAGACACAGCACCCGCAUCUUAAAACAGAUUUGGAUGGUGAUAUAAAAACGCCACAGAUUUAGGCUCCGGGGAUGUUGUAAGUGGAAAAGCAUGUGUUGAUGAUCUCGAAUGGAAAAAUGGAAGCAAUCAAGACAGAUUUACGUCUUUUACUGGAGUGUCUGAAGUACCAGAUGAAAUGGCCAGACUCCCAGAAACAAGCUCUCCUCACCAUCCUCUCUAUCUGCAAACAUAACGGUCAGUAUGUGGAGUUCUUCAUAGAGAUCGGAGGGAUUUCAUUCAUCUAUAACCUGUCAAAGUCUAGCUCUUACUCUGAGGUUAAACAGACUGCUCUUUUUACACUUGCAUCCUUGGCUGAGUUAUAUGAAAGCUGUAAGCAGACGCUGUGUCGGGAGGACACUUUUCGUGAUUUGGCGCAGCAUUUGGAACAGGAAAUGCCUUUGACAUACAAAAGAGUUGCAGUGUACAUGCUGGGUGUCCUGGUUGCUAACAACAGAUGUGGCCAGACUUUUGCUAAGACCUCCAGGUGUAUUGAAGUCUUGCUCAAUUUGUUCAGGAAUAGUUUUCCAGAGCAGAAUGACUCUUAUGAGCAGACACAGUUUUGGGCCGCUGUAUUCAGUGCUCUCUGUGGCUCUGUUAACAACCCUCAGAAUGAGGAGAAUCAGAAUGCCUGCACGUGUGUGUUUACCCUGGUUAUAAAAUGGCUACAGGAGGUGACAUUGCCCCGAGCAGAAUUGGCACAGCCUAUAUGUUCAUUUAUUGGCAUGACUGUGGCAAACAAUGACGGUGCUCAGGAUUAUUUCGUGUCAGUGGGAGGCCUGGAUUCACUCUCUAACACUCUUACCAGAGUUUUGCCUCAGUCUGCGCACAGUGCAGCUGCUUGUAAGAUGGCCACCGUAAUUACUAAAACACUGUCCGCUUGCGUCUCCAGCAAUGAGUUGUUGAUGCCUUGUUUAUCGAGUUUGAGGGUUGUUCCAGGGCUGUUGUCUCUAUUGUCCAAUCCAAACCUUGACCCUCAAGGCCAGCUCGCUGUGAUGGUGACGAUUGGUCAGCUCACUGAUGCGUGUGUGGAGCAUCAGUCUCAGCUGGUGUUGUCCGGAGGUCUGACUCUGAUGAUUUCACUACUCACUGAGGCCACUGAUGAAGAGGUCAAGAAAGCAGCUAUGUUUGUACUUUACACUUGCAAGAGAAUCACUGAGACGUUAUGUGGAAGCAUGUCUGUUAAGCUAAGAGAGGAAUGUGAUAUGGAGAGACACUGGCAGUCAGCUGCGGACAUCCUCCAGAGAAUAAAGCAGCUAGAGAAAAAGCUGGAAAAAGACAACGAAAGCCAGCACAGCGGGCAGGAGUCGGGCUCAUCUGUGGUAUAUGAUGAAGAAUGGUUGGAGGGCUCUGUCAUACGCGAGGUCAGAGAUCAUCAUCAAGCAUGUGAGGUGUUGUGUCCACCUUCUGCUGGAAAUCCGGAUCAACCAACAACAAAUCCAAGAACGUAUAACCAAGAAAGCAUGCAGGGUGUCCGAAAGCAUGGGAGUUCUGCACAGUAUUUGGGUCCUUCCCAAAUCACUCUUUAUCAACACCGUAACUGUGAAAAAGAAAUAGAGGAAGAGGAAAUGACAGAACCUGAGAGCUUAUUUCAGAUGACUGAAAUGAGCAAUGACCGGGAGACAAAGACAGAGAUGUAUGUGAAGAAGAGGAAAAUAAAGUCUGAAACAGUAGUGAAGAGAUUGAAGAUGAUCGCGGCCCACACUAAUCCACACUUGGGAGGCGAUAAACCUUCUCAAAGCUGCAACACACCAACAAGGGGCGGCAGAGAUACGAAGGGCCCAGAUAUUUUCAAACAUCCUGAUCUCAGGAAGAGAGGCCAGCGCACACAGACUCUUUCUGAUGAUGAGAUCUCUCUGUGCUCCGAGCUGUUGGACAAAGAAAUUAAGAGGUUUCUGAAGCCACCAUUCACCUCUAAAUCCAGCAGCUCACGCUGUGCAGGCUGUGUAAAACUUAUGCACGAGGUGGACAGUCGUUCCUUUGGCGCUGUGAUGCGUGGCUGCAGGCAUCACUGUGACUUUCAUCAGGCGCUUCAGGAGGCUGAGGAUCAUUACAGGAAAAGCCAGCAGUUAGAGAGGGCUAGCCACACUCCAGCACAUGCUCACAUCAACACACACAGAGAGGAGACAAAAAGCAGAGAGUGGGACAGAUUUUUAAGUCUAACGCCCCUGAGAAGGCAGUGUGAAAAAAGGGGUUCAAACAUUGAAGAGAAAUUAGUUACGAGAAAACUCGAGAAAUCAUUUGAUAAGUGCACCCCAAAAAGUACUUCAGGCAGACGGAGAGACAGGAAGAAUUGGUCUGCUGAAGAGCUGCUCUACCUCAGUAUGGGUGUGAAGAGGCUUGGUCACUCCUGGAACCCCAUCCUCUGGGAAUAUCCCUUCCAGAAGGGACGCACCAAUGUAGACCUGGCCAAGAAAUACCAGUGCAUGCAGAAAGCUAAAGCUCAAGGUUUGGAUCUGUCUUAUGCAGGGAAUCUCUAAUGUGUACCCAGGGACACUUGAAAUGGAUCGUCUUGUUUUCUGUUAUCAAACUGUAUGCAUUUGUCGAUUUUUGUUACGUUUAGUUUAUUUGAAUUGUGUGUUGUAUAUGUAAUAGAUACAGUAACAUUUGGUAAUGUUGAUUUUUUUUUAUGUAUCGCAUUGUUUUUGCAAAAAAAGUUCGAACAUGUAGUCUUUCUUGCACUAGAGACAAUUUAGGUUUAUAUAAAGCUUGUUAUAUUUUUCUUUGCACAAUUACAUUUAUGAGACCAAAAACUAGAGACGAAUGGAAAAAGAAAUUUAGGUUUAUAUAAAGCUUGUUAUAUUUUUCUUUGCACAAUUACAUUUAUGAGACCAAAAACAUAAGUCUUACAUAGUUGUCUGUUACUGUUGUGUGUUCUACUUGAUGUUUGUGUAUAUCGUAUUAUAUAGAUAAUACUGUAUAUAGUGUUUAUGUAAAAUAUAAAAAUGCACCCAUGUUACAGUGGUACUUUCCCCAGAGCCCAUAUCAUCUAAAUUUAUUACAUAGAGAAUGAGCCAUGUCAUUUCCUUGAAAUUUCAGUAAGAGAGGAAAUGGCUUAAUAUUUCAUCACAAACUGUUCGCAUUUAGUACAAAACACUCAGUGAAUUGAUGUUCAUGUGAAGCUGAAGUUUCUUGGGGUUAGAGCCUUAGAGCUGAAAAAUAUAUAUAUUUAUAACUGUCCCAUGAGACCUCUUCUCUGUGGAAAGAAUGCUGCCCUUCCUCCCCCCGGAGUACUUCUGAGAAAACUUUGAGAUGUAUGCGAAUGUGAGAAAAAGAGAUGUUGUGCAUGUUAAACCUCUUAAAACGAAAAACUCCAAGAACAGAAGGUAGAAAUAUGUCAGUAUUUCCUAGACCAUCAAAGUGUGUGUGGUAGGAUAGUUCACACAUUUGCCACAUGUUUUGAGUUUUGUUUGUGUUCCAACAUAUUUCUAACGUCAGUGUAGUGACAGUUGUAUCAAUGAAUGCUGUUUUUUAUUCAGAUGUUUGGA